AUGCUUAACAAUGGACAACUCAUAGAAUCCAUCAUUUCCCAUCCAAAUUUCCCCAAAAUUCGUGCAAGACUAAGAGCUAAUAUUUACCAUGUCCUCGCAGCCCGUGAUCCUAUGCAAACUACCAAUGUUUUCGCUAAAAAUUUUUCCUCAAGUGAAGAAGGGCAGAUUAUUAUAGCUUUAUUUAAAGAUUAUUUAGAAUGCGCAGACUUAUACAACACUUUAGAAGUUUUUAUGCCAGAAAGCGGGAAUAUGAAUAUUUUGCCUUCAAGAGACCAAUUAAAAGCUUUAUUAGGAAUUGAGCUACAGCCAGGAAUCCCAAUACUUGUAACAGUGAUAGAAAACAUUGCAAAUAAAAAACGUGCAAAAAUGCCUUCUCUACAAAUCCCGAGUUUUAAAGGGAAAAAUGAGACAAUUACGCAGAAAUUCGGGAUUGGGGAGUUUGACCGUAAGGCUGCGCAGAAAAAUCCUAAAGAUGUUUUGGAAUUGGAAGAGUCAUCAGAUUCAGGGGUUGAAGAAGAGCAGCUUGAUUUUAGACAACUGUUGAGGAUUCCGAGGAGAAAUGAUAAAAUAAUUGAUGAAAAAGAAGAGCUUGAAGAAGAAGAUGAAGAGGAAGACUAUAGGCCGCCUGUGAGGAAAAAAUCAUUGUAA